GAUGAAUGGUAGCCCAAGAUGAGUUGAUGGAGCACACACACACAUCGAUCUAAGCGUUUAAAACAAGUGCCUUUGCCUCCAGUAGGAUUGUUCUGCUUCGUCCUGGAUAGCCAUCAAGCCGGUCCUUCUUCUUCUCCUUUUUGAGUUAACGUUGGUUAUACUGCUUGCUACCUGCACUCAACUCGCCGUCAUCAUGAAGCUCACUGUCGUAUCUCUACUCACAAUGCUCACAGGGCUGUCAGUGGCUCAGUGGGAAAACAACUCGACGAUUCCGAUCGAACUUGCGCCCGCGCCAUGGACGCUCAAGGGAACCGUCUACUCCCUGACCUUUGUCCCGCUCUCAAACGAGUUGCCGGUCAAGGCAUUCCCGCCUUUGGAGCGACAGUAUCCGUCAGCCGUGGAGGGCAAUUACGCGGGCCUCGUCGGCAUGAUCCAGAUCAUCCGAUACACAGAGAGCCCUGUUGGCCCGUACGACGAACUGCUGAUCGUGCCCGGGUACUUCAAUUACAACCGAACUGACGGCUCGGGGGGGUUCGUUCAGGAGAAGAAGAACGUCCGCGUCAGCAGGAUAUACGUCAGUCAAAAGUACACCUGCUGGAAUGGAAGAACGAACUGGAACAUUCCCAAGCACCUGGCCCGGUUCGACUGGACCGAGUCUGACUUGGGCAAGACGACCGUCAAGAUCUACCCCUACGAUACCACGGGCGACCCGAGCGAAUCCGUGCCGGCGGAGAAACCCUGGUUCCAGACCACAUUCAAGCCGGACUUGCUAGGCGGACUGCCGUUCAGCACCGAUUUGUACAAGAUCCUGGGUCUCAACGCGACUCUAGUCCAACCGCCUCUGCCGCACGCAAACAGCUCCCACGGCGAGCUGGCAGGGACGGACCAGUGGAUGGCCACCGUGCCGGGCCAGUUCACCGACAACGCGUCGCUGGGGCUCUUCGACCUGGACCAGGGAGACGGCGAUGUCGAGGACGGUCGGGACACGAACGCAGUGGGUGAUGAGUAUUUCCCCAAUUUCUGGCCUGGUCUCUUGCGGUUUACCCCGGGACUGGUGCUGGCAAAUGCUACUAUUACGUUUAGUGAACCUGAGAUAUGGACUAGCUAGAAGACGUAUUCGGGGACGCAACUUUGCCCAUGUGUUGGUCCACGUCGUCCACAGGAGGAACUUUGUACCUAGGACAAACACACGGUAGCUAUCCAUUUGCUGUUGUUCCAAGCUUAUCUCCAGGUUUGACAAUCGUCGACUAUUGACAAGCUAUACAUGCCUAGACGAGCACGGUAGCGGGGGUAUCGGCUGAAUGAUACCGUAGACCAUUCUGCACAUUCAGAGGCUCGGUGCACCAACAAAAGACUGUGGUUUGGCACCCCUAUCCCAUGCAGCACGGCUCCUCGGCGGUUCCGGCUCUUCCCUCGCCCCCUCGAGCAGUUUCAAGAUGCGUCCGGCGCCGCCAGUCACGGAUUCCAAUACGAAGCCCAGGUGGAACCCGCUCAGUGCGCAUGCCAGGCGUGCAAAGUCGCCUUCCACACCCUCGCCCCAGCCAGGGGUCACUAUCACGUAUGCCAGCAUGAGGCAGAAUCCCGUGGCACUGCCGAGGAUUCGUGCAUGGCCUGACCGAGGCCAGACGUCGUACGUCAUGAUGAUGGUGCCUAUGCCCGACGCGAGGAAGGCGACGGCGGCGGGAACGACGAGCUGGAUUUUGCCGGGCGGGGUGAUUGACGAAGACUUGACAGUAAGGCUGCCUAUGAUCAGCAACGCCCCAAGAUUGAUAAAGUACCACGUCGCGAAGUAAUUCUGCAGCGGCAUGGGGUUAUGGGAGAUCGACGGUGGUCGAGCGGCAGCUUGCUGUGUUGCAGUAGGAGUUGCCGCCUCUGCUCGAGGCCCCUGGCUGCCGCUCCCUGCUGAGAGAUCCGUUUUCGAGUACGAGGCUCCGUUUUCCGAAUUGACUUGACCCAUGGUCAAUGUGGCCGCUGGUUGGGUAGCUGCCUGUGCGGUGGACGAAAAUUUGGCAAUCGUUAUAACUCAAGACUGCGACCCAAAAUAUCAGGGUUGGAAAGGCC